AUGGCGGUUCUCUGUUCGUCUUCGACAGUUACACUCCGUUCUUCUCCGAUGAAAUCCUCUGGAAGUGAAAGAAAGUCUCCGUUUUUAGGUUUUCCUCUAAUGGCUAUCUCGAAGCCGUCGGUACAAGUCGGCAUUUAUGCGAAGAACACGAGAAGAGGAUUACAGGUGAAGUGCGAAUCGGAGCAAGCUGCGACUACUUCUCUUGUUCCAGCGAAUCAGCGAUGGAUGUUCGACGAAGAAGAAGCAAAUGGCCCUGACAUUUGGAACACGACAUGGUAUCCAAAAGCUUCAGACCAUGUGAAUACUGACAAGCCAUGGUUUGUGGUUGAUGCAACUGAUAAAAUUCUUGGUAGAUUGGCAUCAACGAUUGCUAAUCACAUCCGUGGGAAGAAUCUUGCCUCCUACACUCCUAGUGUUGACAUGGGAGCUUUUGUGAUUGUGGUGAAUGCUGAAAAAGUUGCUGUGUCUGGAAAGAAGAGGAACCAAAAGCUGUACAGGAGGCAUUCAGGGCGACCUGGUGGUAUGACAGUUGAAACAUUCGAUCAAUUGCAGCAGAGAAUUCCGGAAAGAAUCAUCGAGCAUGCUGUUCGUGGAAUGCUUCCAAAGGGACGGCUUGGGAGAGCUCUAUUCAAUCACCUGAAGGUGUACAAAGGCCCGGAACAUCCUCACGAGGCACAGAAGCCGCUUGACCUGCCCAUCAGGGACAAGAGAAUACAGCUGCGAAAAUAA